CAAGAAUUGGCUUGAAGAUACCGCCGCCAGUGCUAGCUAUCAUUAAAUGUCUAGCUAGCUAAGAAUCUACCUAGCUGCAUCGCAAAGGCGACGACAACAGAUGUUGGAUCAGCAGUCAAAGUAGCUGCGACCAUGGACGCCUUUGCUUUCCUCAACGACGACGCGGCCGCCGGUUCGCAUCAUGUCUGCUACUCGACCGAUGAUAUUCGCAAACAGCUCGAUGAGAUAUUAUUACCCAAAACGAGCGAAACGAAAGCAGAACAUGUAGACGCGAAAUUCAAAUUCCCUUCAACAGCUCAUUUCCUCGUCGUUGUCAAUGAGGCCGAGAAUGCUGCCUUGGAAAGUGCGGCGUCGUUGGUCGGCGGGGCGCGUCCCUUCGCCGGCCACAACCAGACAGUUCUAGCUCUCGGGAACGGCCAGUAUCAGCGCCAGAUAACUACCCAUGAUGCCCUCGUCAACCAGCCGCAGGACGACCCAGUAUUGCAACGCGCCGUCGCCAAACAGAUCGCAGGGGCUUUAUCGUCGCCCGGGGAGGUCACUUCGUCUUGGAACGUUAGGACCAUCACACGUGCAUCAUCCGGAUGGACCUUUGAAUAUAUCUGCAAGGACUCCCUACAAGUAUGGAAGCGGCAGCAUUCCAAGGAAACGCUGCCUGUAGUUGGACUCUCUAGCGGGAAGGAUGGGCAAAACGCUACUCUGAUGAGUCGGCCAGCGUUCGACUGCCGUGGUUCUUUGACAAUUCAUUUCAAGAGAAGCAGCAUGGAAAUCGAGGUCAAAUAUAGCCACAUGCCACUUCACAAAACGGUGGCGGAGCUUUUUGAGAUAUUCACGCCACCCCCGGAGCCAGCGCUGGCUCAUAAACGUGCUGCACCGACUACCGACGGCGAAACAACAACACCUGCCAAGAAAAAGAAAAAGAAGAGCAAGGCGGCCACCAAAUCGACAGAAGGACAAGGCGAGACCACAGAGGCAUCCAUUAUUGUGGCGGAUGGGCCACCAGCAGAGAUUCCUGUGGCUGAGGGUGCUCCCGAGGCCACUGAGGCUACACCCUCAACCAAGAAGAAGCGGACUCCAAGACCGAAAAAGUCUCAGGCUACGGCUAACAAGGAGCCAGCGGUAGUCGAGGCACAAGAUAGUGCGAAUACGGAGACAUCUGCCGUCAACGUUCAUGUGCUCGAUCUCCCCCCUGGAGAGGCGGACAGGAGGCGUGACCAUGCCAACGGUUUACUCAUUGCUAGUGGCAUAGACCCCGCCACACUUUCUGAAGAGCAGUUCAACAUAUUUUCCAAUCAGUCGCCUGAACUUCAGCGGGAAUCUCUUGCUAUGUUGGUCAAAUAUGGUGCCGAAAGGCUGAGGAUCGUACAUCCGAAUAAGGACGCACAGGCAAGUGCUCCUGCACCAUCGACUCCGGCUUCAGCAUCGAGCUCUGCCGCUGCGGCCUCCUCGGAUGCCGAAACUGCAGGCUCUACAACAAAGAACAAGAAGAAAAAGUCGGCAAAGAAGUCUCUGGGCGGUGCUGAGUCUGGCGAAGACGCAACUCCAAGUGGGACCAAGAAGAAGAGGCUAACUCGUGGCAAAUGUGACCCUUGUCGAGAUGCCAAGACUCUGUGCUCCAAAACUAAACCCACUUGCGAGCAAUGUCGUAUGGCAGACAUCGAAUGCCAUUAUCGGGAAGAAAUCCCCACUGGCCCGAGAGGCAACGCAAAGUCAGAGGAGCAUGUUGAGUCAACACCUGAACCGGUCGUUGCACCAACGCCUCCACCAGCUCCAGCACCGCCUCCGGAAGUGGAGGAGGAAGAGCCAGAUGACCUACCAUCUCCUGGUUUUGGACAGCAAACCACGGCCACGGAUUGGCCCGAUACUCAGGCUCAGGCUCAGGCUCAGACUCAGACUGAGGCAACCGACAACAACAUAUCAAGCUACCAGUCCCAACCAGUUGAGGAGUCUAGAGAGCAUACCAUGAGUACAUCGAAUUUGGAAUACCACCAAAACACCGGUUUUGCAAGCCAUGCAAGCCAUGCACCUCAAGUGCCGGAAGUGGUGAUGGCAGAGCCGGCCCAACCGCCACGGCCAAGUCGAGAAGCGGCUCCGACCCAUCAAGCCACGGGUCUUGCCAAGACGGGUCGUCGGAGUCUUCCUGCAGGCCAACGUAGCCAGCCCAAAGUGGCAGACCAUCCGGCUCCGGACAGUACCGCAUGGACAAACUUAUCCAACACUGCUCUGCCCACGCAGCCGGUACAGGUGCAAGAUAAGGCGAAUCAUGGGUACCAGGCUCACACUAGAACUAGGUCCCGGACAUCCAUGAACUCGGCAGACUUUGGCUCUCAGGGACACAGUCAAGGGCUGCGUGAAGCUGCGGCUUUGUCUCAGGCCGCUAUGCAACGACCAAGUCAGGCUACGCCACCCACGAAGACAUCCCAGCCGGCCAGGACUAGCUCAAGACAGAGCCAGCGACCGGCGGUGACGCGGGAAUACCAGUCUGCGGCUAUCAGCAACUCUUCAGACUACGGACCAUCGGCCAUGUCCGCUUCUUAUUCCUCUGUGGGCGCCUCUGUGGGUACCACUGCACAGGAUUCCCACGCCCAAUACUAUGGGAAUAGCAGCAGCAACGACAAUAAUACAUUCACAUCAACCGGCUCUAUUCAAACUGGCGGCAGUACUGGCAAUAGCACCAGUCACACCUCGUAUGCCAGUCAAUCUGCUCCUAAUAACACAACGGCUUACACACCGUAUGAGAAUUACAACAGUCACAAUGCCGCCUCUCACAGGCCAACAACGCAAACUUACAGCAACACUGUAACGCAGCCUGCCUCGAAUUCUUAUACGUCCUCGACCAGCAAUAGCAGCAACCAAUGGCCGUCUGCGAGCACAACACAAGUCCACAAUUCAAAGUCCUACAACACCAAUUCAGCAACAGGCACUGCAAGCCGUACAGCCCAGACAGCGCCCAUGUCGCAGUCGAGUGCCAUGCAGGGUUUCAACGUGCGGCCAGCCUCACCACACGCCACUAGAAGCUCGGUUCGUGCGUCGUACCAUCAGCAACAACAGCAGCAGCAGCAGCAUCGUCGCCAGCAGAGUCACUCGCAGCCACAGACACAACAGACGCAGCAGCAGCAGAGCUAUGAGUCGUAUGGGCGGCAGCAACAGUCGACCUCUAGCCAGCAUCAGCAGCAGCAAGGAUGGUAUGGAUACGCAGCGACAAAUAGCAAUCCAGCCGGAUACAGAGGAGCUGUCAACCCUCAACAAGCCGUGAACGGCGGCUACGAGACUAGUCACGUAGGAAGCUCGACAUCACACGGCUCUCAGCAUAGGUCGAUGAACAUGCCGGAUAAUAAUUACGGACACAUGGAUGCAAACGACCCGCUUUACAAUCUUAUGCCAAACAGUCACAGCCGCUGA